GCCAGGAGGGCUCUGUCUCAGCUACACUGGACCAUGUGGGCUGGGUCAUGAGGACAGCGUCCUCACUUGGGUGGCAGCUGAUUUGGAGGUCACCUAGGGCUGUCUCAGCUACCAGGAGAGGGUGCUUAUUCCCUGCAUUCUUGGGGCCCCUUCCUUGUGGUCCACUGAGGAAGUGUUUGUGGUGGAGCCCCUGAGGGCCUGGUGGGGUUGAGCAGAAUGAGGGAAGGUUUCAUGGAGCAGGGAAGGGUCCGCUAGGCCAGCAAGUGAAGGAGGGACUCGCCUUCCCAUCCGCCCAGGGGUGUUCCUACCAGCCAGCCCCCUCCCCCGCUUCCCCAUGAAGGGGUGGCUGUCGGAAUUCUGCACUCCAUCUCUUGUGAUGGUCUGGGCCCAGGACAAUGGGAUGGGUGUUUGGGGACCUCACCCCCCAGCAGACAGGAGGAGGAAGCCAUGUCCCAGCAGGCUAGGAUAAGGGACCCCCUAUGCCAACAGUGCCUUAUCAACAGGUGCCAGGCAAGGCCAUCCCCGGGGUGAGGGCGACAUCUCCCCGGGCCCUGUUAUCAGUUGCAGAGUCCACAGGACGCUCACUGGGUUAACGUGUAACCAUGAGCCCUCCCUUCCACCCCCUGGAGCCACCCGCUUUCAGAUUAGGUCACCCUGAGGGUAUCAGGCCAGCAUGGAUGCUGGCAAAGUGGGGCCGACCCUGAAGACUCACUGCUCAGCCCAGUGCCUAGAUGUCUGCAGGUGGCUGAUUCCCUUCAUCCUUUCCUGCUGCGUGUACUUCUGCCUCUGGAUUCCUGAGGACCAGCCGUCCUGGGUCGCUGCGCUGGUCAAGUGCCUGCCCAUCUUCUGCCUGGCUGGGUUCCUGUGGGUUGUGUCCCCAGGCAGGGGCUACACCCGGCUCCUCCAGGGAGCCCUCCUGUGCUCGGCUGUGGGGGACGCCUGCCUCGUCUGGCCUGAAGCCUUCCUCCAUGGUAUGACUGCCUUCGCUACAGCCCACCUCCUCUACCUCUGGGCCUUUGGGCUCUCUCCCCUGCAGCCGGGCCUGCUGCUGCUCAUCUUCCUGGCCUCUGGCCCCUACCUCAUCCUCGUGCUGCUGCACCUCGAGCCGGAUAUGGUCCUGCCCGUGGCAGCCUACGGGUUGAUCCUGAUGGCCAUGCUGUGGCGUGGCCUGGCCUGGGGCGGGAGUGCCGGCUGGGGCGCGCUGCUCUUCACACUCUCUGAUGGUGUGCUGGCCUGGGACGCCUUUGCCCAUCCCGUGCCUCACGCCCACUUGGUGACUAUGACCACCUACUACACUGCCCAGCUCCUCAUCACACUGUCGGCCCUCAGGAGCCUGGGGCCCAAGACAGACUGACUAGGCAGCUUGAAGGGCUGGCUUUCAGGCCCUCUCCUCCCGCAAGGACUCUGUCCUCCCAGACCAAACCAGCCUGAGAAACAUCCUCCGCGGCGAAGCUUCCUCACGCCUGUCUGCAGGUGCAGGCCCCGCCGCCGCUGCUCCCAGCUGAAGACGUUUAAGGACCAUUCACGGAGUUCCGAGUCCACUGCUGGUUUCCAGCUGCCUUCCCCUAGUUCUGACUCCAGAUCCCUGGCUCCUCAGCCAGGCCCACAUGCGGCCCUCCCAGCCACCAGCCCGCCUCCAAGUUCGUUGUGGGCCCCACGGUCCGCCAGCCCCUCCCUGCUGCUCUGAGUCGUUUUCGUUGUUUAGUAGAGGGCAUGGUAGUGUAGAUGCUGCUGUUACUGUGGGAGAGGCAUGCGGACAAUGAUCGUGGUGAUGAACCAUCUUGGCUCAUGGCAGCGGAUGUCUCUUGGUCACUCCCCAUGAACCAGGCCUGGUGCCCAGUGGGACCCUCCCUGGCUCUCUGGUGGGGGGCAUUCGAGGGGAUAAAGGUGAGGAUUGUGCAGAACCGAGCCAAGA